UAGCUAAUACAUCCAUAUACUAUACGCUUUGAGUAGUCUGCAACGUUAGCAUAACUUUUUUUCUUAAUAUCGGACGGCCAUUCUCUUUAGGAAGAAAUGCCUUCGCUAAAUGGAAAACCUGAUGUUCUGUUUGAGGACGAUGAUCUGCCUUAUGAAGAGGAGAUUAUCAGGAACCCAUACUCAGUCAAGUGCUGGAUGCGUUACAUCGAAUUCAAACAGAACGGAGCCAAAUCCACCCUCAACAUGAUAUAUGAGCGGGCUCUGAAAGAGCUGCCUGGCAGCUACAAGCUGUGGUACAAUUAUCUGAGAGAGAGACGGAAACAAGUCAAAGGGAAAUGUAUCACUGAACCAAGCUAUGAAGAGAUCAAUAAUUGCCAUGAAAGGGCAUUGGUGUUCAUGCAUAAGAUGCCUAGAAUAUGGCUUGAUUACUGCCAGUUCCUUGUGUCUCAAUGCAAGAUCACAAGAAGUCGGCAAACAUUUGACCGUGCUCUCAGAGCUCUUCCUGUUACUCAACACCCACGCAUCUGGCCUCUGUAUCUCCGCUUUGUGCGUAAUCUGCCCCUGCCUGAGACUGCCAUCCGGGUGUACCGCAGGUACCUUAAGCUUUCUCCAGAGAAUACAGAGGAAUACAUAGACUACUUACGGUCUGUUGGCCGCUUGGAUGAAGCAGCUGUGCGACUAGCAGCUGUUGUUAAUGACGAAAGCUUUGUGUCCAAAGAGGGCAAGUCUAACUAUCAACUGUGGCAUGAGCUAUGCGACCUGAUCUCCCAGAACCCUGAUAAAGUGACCUCUCUAAAUGUAGGAGCCAUCAUCCGAGGAGGCCUCACUAGAUUCACAGACCAACUUGGAAAACUCUGGUGCUCUUUAGCUGACUAUUAUAUCAGGAGUGGUCACUUUGAGAAGGCCCGUGAUGUGUAUGAGGAGGCCAUCCUUACGGUGGUAACAGUAAGGGAUUUCACACAAGUGUUUGAUAGUUACGCCCAGUUUGAAGAGAGCAUGAUUGCAGCAAAGAUGGAGACCACUGCUGAGAUGGGAAAGGAUGAAGAUGAGGACAUAGACAUGGAGCUUAGACUGGCCCGUUUUGAGCAGCUGAUAGCCCGGCGGCCCCUUCUUUUGAACAGUGUUCUACUGCGACAGAACCCUCAUAAUGUCCAUGAGUGGCACAAGCGGGUAAAACUGUAUGAGGGCAAUCCACGGCAGAUCAUCAACACAUACACUGAGGCAGUGCAGACUGUGGAUCCGAUGAAGGCCACAGGGAAGCCUCACUCUCUCUGGGUUUCCUUUGCUAAAUUCUAUGAGGAAAAUGAGCAGCUGGAUGAUGCCAGGACAAUUUUUGAGAAGGCUACCAAAGUGAACUACAAGCAGGUAGAUGACCUUUCUGCGGUGUGGUGUGAGUAUGGAGAGAUGGAGCUACGCCAUGAGAACUAUGAACAGGCACUGCGCAUACUGAGGAAAGCUACAGCCAUCCCAUCCAAGAAAGCGGAGUACUUUGAUGCAUCCGAGCCAGUCCAAAACAGAGUUUACAAGUCCUUGAAGGUCUGGUCUAUGCUGGCGGACUUGGAAGAGAGUCUUGGCACUUUCAAGUCUACAAAAGCAGUGUAUGAUCGCAUCAUUGACCUCCGCAUCGCCACGCCACAGAUCAUCAUCAAUUAUGCCAUGUUCCUUGAAGAGCACAACUACUUUGAGGAAAGCUUCAAGGCAUAUGAGCGUGGUAUUGCUCUCUUCAGGUGGCCAAAUGUUUAUGACAUCUGGAACACUUACCUCACCAAGUUCAUUGAUCGUUAUGGGGGCAAGAAGCUGGAGAGAGCUAGAGAUUUAUUUGAGCAAGCCCUAGAUGGCUGCCCUGCCAAGUUUGCCAAGACCAUUUACCUGUUGUAUGCCAAAUUGGAGGAGGGAUAUGGAUUGGCACGACACGCCAUGGCUGUCUAUGAAAGAGCAACGCAGGCAGUAGAAGCUGAGGAGAGACAUCAAAUGUUCAAUAUCUACAUCAAGAGAGCAGCUGAAAUUUACGGAGUCACGUACACCAGAGCAAUUUACCAGAAAGCUAUCGAGGUCCUUCCUGAUGAGCAUGCAAGGGACAUGUGUCUGCGAUUUGCUGACAUGGAGAGUAAACUUGGUGAGAUUGAUCGGGCGAGAGCAAUUUACUCCUACUGCUCCCAAAUCUGUGACCCAAGGGUGACUGCAAACUUCUGGCAGACAUGGAAAGAAUUUGAGAUCCGCCAUGGAAAUGAGGACACGAUUAGAGAAAUGCUGAGGAUCAAACGUAGUGUCCAAGCCACAUACAACACCCAGGUCAACUUUAUGUCUGCUCAGAUGAUGAAGGCUACAACAAGCUCCACAGUGUCAGAUCUUGCUCCAGGCCAAAUGGAAAUUGAUGACAUGAAGAUGCUGGAGCAGAAAGCACAGCAGCUUGCUGCAGAGGCCGAGCAGGACAAACCCAAACUCAAAGAAAAGAUUCUCUUUGUCAGGAGUGACACCUCUCGCAGUGAGUUGGCUGAGCUUUCCAAACAAGCCAAUCCUGAUGAGAUUGACAUUGAUGAUGAGGAUGAGGAUGAAGAUGAUGAAAACCAGGGACCAGAAGAGGUGCAGCUUGAACAGAAGAGUGUCCCCACAGCUGUCUUUGGAGGGCUUAAAGAUGACUGAAAGAUACCUCCCCUGCUGAAAUUUGCAAAGAUGCAGUCUUCUGAUUUCUCUUGUAGACAUUGAAUAUACUCCAUUUUUUCCAUUUGUGUAAUUCCUUAGUUUUGUAGUACAGUAAACAGAUAUGAACUUGUAUUACAAUUGUCCAUAUGGUGUCAGUCUUUCUCAAGUAUGUAGCUCACGAUAAUUGUACAAUUGAGCAGUGUUCUGUUAUGAAAUACUAAUAAGUCUGAUGUAGUUUGACUUUGUGUCCAAACAAAAUUUUGUAAAGGAAUUAUCAGUGAAAACACGUUUGUACACUGAUAAUGCAGAGAUCUUUCUCUGACAGGAAGCUCUGCCCUAGAACAUGGGAAAAACAUAGUUUUUUUUCAACAGGAGGCAUUCAUUUGAAAAUGGACUCAAGCCUCACAUUGUUUGUUGGAGGAUAGGUGAGUCUUCCAAAACCCAAUGACCCUGAAAAGAUUUCAAAACUUGUAUACAUAGGUCACCGUCCAAAUAUUGAAAUCAUGCUCUGGUUGUACAUGUAUUUGUACAAGUACACUCAAGGAACAGUUUGUACGACUGAGUUAGAUAAUAGGGGUGCUGUAAAACAUUUUGUAUAUUUAUAAUGCAAUAGCUCUGCAGCAAGGUCCUAAUGCCCAUUUUUUGUGAUAUAGGUGUAGGUGUUCACUUGGCUCACUGAUCAUUUUUGAGGCAGUAGGUAGUAAUGCUGUGAUAUGUAUUUUAGUCAGUGCUGUUGAGGGUCUACUUUUGACUCGAUGCAGUCUGGCCGUUUUUGGUAUACAACAGUGUUUUUGAAAGUUCUCCUGUUUGUGAAUUGUGCACCGCCAAUUCUAACAAGCUGGUCUCUUUGAAUGUCUGAUACUUUCUUUACAUUUUCUUGAAAAUGCAGUUCUAAU